AUGUCCCCCAAGCGUGCUCUUUACGAUAUUCUUGGUGUAGCCCCUGAUGCUGCCGAUGAUGAGAUAAGCCGUGUGUACAGACGAUUGGCAUUACAGUACCACCCAGACCGUAAUCCAAACGGUGAGGCAAAAUUCAAAGAAGUCGCCAACGCCUACGCGGUGUUGAGUGAUCCAGAUAAGCGCCGUGUGUAUGAUGCGACUGGAAUUGUGCCUGGUGCUGAGAGUGCAACGGAGAGUGAAGCCACAAUGGCAGAGCGCUCUGCGGAAAUGAAAGAACGAGUGCAUGAGUUUUAUGUGAACUACGCCGGCACACCAGAGGAAAUAGAAGAUGUGAUGACUUGCUUUAAAAAGUGCAAAGGUAACUUUCGGCGUAUGGUACGUGAGGAAUUGUUAUUUGACAAUACCAAAAAGGGUGAAAUUGUGCGACUUCGCGAUCUUGUGCAAAGUCUUGUGGAUACAGGAAAAUUGCAAUCAACGGAGGCGUGGAAUCUAACCAAUACCGUCGCCGUCCUUAAACAGAUUGAACGUUCCAUGACCAAAGAACGUAAAGAGGCGGCAGAGGCAUUAGAUGCGAUGGGCCUUUCAAAUGAUGAGAAAAAGGGUGGUUUGCAGGCACUGCAGGCAUUGAUGAAACGGGAUCAAGAGGCAGAGUGGAGUAAUAUGAUGAGUAAUCUGGAGUCAAAGUAUUUACAGCCAAAGGCAAAGAAAAGUAAAGAAACAAGUGGAAAUAAGAAAAAGAAGAAUACAAAAGAAGUGUUGAAGGGAAAAGAGAAUACAUCUAAAAUGGCGAAGAAGAGGAAGGGAGAAAAGACAAAUCUCACUUCUGCCCCACCACUCAAGAAGCAGCGAAAGUAG